AUGACUGAUAGUUGCUCAAGAACUCAAAGGCAAACUUCUAUGAACGGCGCAGGUAUUGGGAAUCUAUGCAUGCCGCCGAGUAGCUUCGCUGGUUCGAAUCGUAGUCGACGACCAUCAUGGUCCGAUGCUAAAAAAGUCUGGAAUGCUGGUGAUGAAGAAGAGACUUAUUCGGAUUCGCAUACACAGAUACUGAAAAAACUUGAUAAUCAUUACCGGAAAAUGAAACGGCAAAUUCUUGCCUUUCAAAGUUUAACUACUGGCUUGUUUCCCAAUCAUUUGGAGCCGGAUAGGAAAGUUGGACAUGUCGUAGAAAAUGUAUUUUGUGCGAUUUCCGUCUGGUCAUUACGACAAUGCUAUUGUAAAAUUGAUAAUGAUCAGGGACGAGCGCAUGAACUAGGACAAGCAGCCGUAAAAUGCAUGCGUGGAAUACUCAACUGUUGGAUGCGACAAGCGAAAAAAGUUGAAGUAUUCAAGAGUGAGCAAUCGCCCAAAGAUGCAUUACAUUCAGCGUUCAAUGUAUUCGAUGGCAGUGAAGUUGACGAUGCUGAUGAAGUCGGACAACUACAAAUAUGUGCUAUCUCGAUUUACUUAUUAACUCUCGUGCAAAUGAUAACAUCGAAUCUUGAGAUUAUCUUUUCGAUGGACGAAGUAAACUUCGUACAGCAACUUGUUUUUUAUAUCGAACGUGCUUACCGGACACCUGAUUAUGGUAUAUGGCAAAGAGGAAGUAAAUACAAUACAAAUACAUGUGAACUUCAUGCAAGCUCAAUUGGUAUGGCUAAAGCAGCACUCGAAGCUAUGAACGGUUUUAAUUUGUACGGCGAUAAAGGUGCGAACUGGUCGGUGGUUUAUGUAGAUGUGGAUGCACAUAAUCGGAAUCGAACGACAUUCGAUACACUUUUACCACGAGAAUCUGCAUCAAAAAAUACCGAUGCUGCUCUAUUGUUAACAGUCAGUUGGCCAACAUUUGCUGUGCAUGAUGAAACACUUGUACAAAGUACAAUUCGAAAAUGUAUUAGAAAAUUACGAGGAACACACGGCUUUAAACGGUACUUGCGUGAUGGGCAAUACACAGAUUUAGAAUCAAAAGAUCAACGAUUUUAUGAGUCAACCGAGAUCAAAAAAUUCGACAAAAAUGAAUGUCAAUGGCCAAUGUUUUUCGCGGUGAUGAUCAUUGAUGGUAUAUUCAAAAAUAACCAGGCACAAGUUGACGAAUAUUUAGCUGCAUUAAAUCCUCUCUUACGGCGAACAACGGAAGUAUUCUCUGACGCGAAUUCAAUUACUAAUGAUUCAGAAUCAGAUUCACUUUUCUUAAUGAAAUCACAGGAAGAUGUGUCUUCUUCACAAAAUACUUGUGAAAUGAUGGUGCACUAUUACUAUGUUGACCAUUCGAGACAGCAAAGUUGUGCCCAAAGUGAAUCCAGUGAUCGUGGAAAUAACCAACAAUUGCCGUUCGCGUGUAGCUCAGAGAUUCUUCGCGGGCAUUUUUUCCUUCUUGGUCAAGCGGUUUGGAUUAUUUGUCAGCUACUCGUGGAUAAAUUACUAACAAUCACAGACCUAGAUCCUAUCAGGCGUUAUCUACCGCCUAGUGAUCGACCCAAAUCGAACUCUCGAUAUUCAUCUAUACAAGACUCGUUACGAUAUCAAUAUACUCCUAAUAUGCCAAAGUCUAUCAGCAAUACAUCGUACGAAACAGUUAGCGCGAAGAAAAAAACCACUGGAGUUAUCACAUCAAACGUUACUUUUUCAGACUUAGUUAUCCAAGUAGUUGCUAUCUCAGAGUCUGUACGUUUACAACAAGUACUGGCUACAUAUGGCAUUCAAACUCAAACACCGAAGCAGAUCGAACCGAUUCUGAUUUGGCCUCCAGCAGAACUAGUUAAAGCUUACACUAAUCUGGGUGUGAAUAAAAAGUUUGGUUUUAGCGGACGUCCUGAUCGACCGUUUGGUGUACUCGGUACCUGCAAAGUUUAUAGAAUAUGCUCAAAGACUGUUCUGUGUUAUCCAUUAACUUUUGAAACAAAUGAUUUUUAUAUGUCAAGUGAUAUGACUCUAUUACUAGACAAUAUUCGAAGUGACUUCGAAUUUAUUACUAAAUGUUGGCGUUUGAAAGGUCGACCGAUAUACAUAAUGAUGUUACGCGAACGUCACCUUCGAGGACCGCAAAAAUCCGAUCUGUUAGAAUUAUUAACACAGAUUCGUCAAGGAAAAGUCUCAGCAAACAUCUUCGUUCGACUUGAACGUCUACAAACCGCAAUAUCCAGUGCAUGUGUCGAACACUUAGAUUUUCUUAAUAAUUCAAUAUGUACGGCGAUGGAUUGGCAGUCUGUCUCUGUUCGUGAAUACAAGAAUACUACCGAAAUCGGCCAUUAUAAAUCCUUAACAGAUGUGUCCAAAACACCGAUUGUUGUUGAAGAUAUCGAUUACCUAAAUCAUGAGUUUAAAAAUCAACAUGAGGAAGAAUUACGUGAAUUUAUUUGUGAAACAGAAAUCUCUCUGGGCUCGUUGAGAAAACAUGCGUUGGCCACAUAUGAAUUAUAUAAGACUGGUGGGCUCGAUUGGAUGAUUAAAGAUAACUAUCGCGUUAGAAAUCAUCUCGAACUGUUAUCCAAAGAAGCGGCAACAUGGCAACAUUGGGCUGUUAUUCGAUUUGUGUCAAGUCUUUUACAUAAAAUGGUAGAUAGUUUAGCUCCGUCUGUAUCAAAUUUACUGGUUCGAGGAAAAACUGUGACAAUCGGAGUUUUCGGUCAUGAAGAAGCUAUUAUUGAUAAACCAAUACGUCCGAAAGAAUUUUUCAAAAUACUUUACAGCGACUCAGUUUUUGGUCGCAGUGUAUUUCAUGCUGUGCUACUACAAGAAUUGCUCAUCAACGUCUCUGUGUUUAUACAAACAUCACCGCAACUUUUCAAUGGUAUACUCAAAUUACGACUUGGCUGGUUGUUUCAAGCAAUGGAACUCGGCUUGGAGCAUUUACGAACUGAUACUGAGGACACAGUGACAUUGAAUACGUUGUCACCAAAUGAAAUCAAACAAUUGAUGUAUUAUGUUUUAACAACGAACGUACCACAAACAACAUCACAAAAUAUUGGUGAAGUUGAACAACGUUCAUCUUAUCAAAAACGUCAAAUGGAUGGAGCAUUGUGUCGUGUUCCAGCUGAUUUCUUCGAACAUGUUUGGUCGAUUUUGGAACGAACACCCGGUGGAAUUAAAUUAUGUGAUGCUCUUCUUCCACAACAACCGACAUUAUCCGAUAUGACGGAUUAUGAAUUGAAUUUCUCCUUGAAAAUCGAAGAAAUGCUCAGUCGAAUAUCCGAUCCAGCAUAUCGUUGUCUAGUUGUUGAAAUGUUUGAAUUGAUCAAUGUUCUUUUGAAACGGAAUUCGGAAUUACGUUUUACUCAAAUACUCGACGUUGAUUACCUCAUCAACGAAGCUGUGAAGUUGUUUCAACAACAAACAAAUUCCAACGAUCCCUUUCAACAUUUUUACAAUCUACCCAUACAACUAGUUGGCGGCUCAACCGGUUAUAUGGUUCGUGUCAUUAUCAACUAUCUAUUCAAUGCAAAUCUACAAAACGUUGAUACAACAGAGUUAAACGCGGCGAAUAACACCGACAUAUGCAAGAUUUCUUAG